GACUCUGUCACUCACAGACCAAUUUCACAACCAUCAUCACCCCAUCACAGUCCUGUAAAUAUACCUGCAGAAGAUGAAUCAGAAAAUGAAGAAGAGGUUCCAAUUGCUACUUUGAGGGCAAGGUUGAGGAAAAAUGCCCAGCCCACCCAACCCAGCAAGAGAAUAAAGAUCACAAUGGCUGCAAAGGGGAAAGAAAAGAUCCCUGAAAGAACUUCCAAGGCCCCACUUGAAGCAGCUCCAAGAAAGUCUGGAAAGAGGAAAGCCCCAGAGCAGGCCCUCAAGAUCAAAAUAGGCAAGGGCAAGGACAAAGCUACUAAGUCCAGUGAUUCACCACCUGAUGUGAAGCCCCCACCAAAAAAAACGAAAACCCCUGCUGAGCCCUGUGUCAAAGUCAGGCAAAGUACUGCUCCAUUCAAAGCCUUCCUUGCUGCUAUUGCUAAUCAACCACAGAAGAGGCAAGCAAUCAUUGAUAUGGGCUUCGCGGUCUACUGGAAUUAGACAUGCCAAAGAAUGACCCUAUCUUCUGUGCUAGGCUUCUUAGCAGAUAUUCUGUUGGUAGUGGAUCCCUCAUGCUUCGCCGAGGUAGGGAAAUUGAAAUCAGAGAUAUCGAUGUGCACUUGGUGUAUGGGAUUCCACUGGGAGGCUUGUUGGUUGAUGACAACAAGGAUAAUGAUGCUGCUGACUACAGGCUUAUGCUGGAGGAGUGGAGGGAAUAUGUUGGCGUCCAGAGGGGUUCCCCAUACGUUUCUACGAUGGCGACGCACCUUGCUGAUGCCGCAGUGCCAGUAACGGACAACUGGAAGAGGACCUUCCUAGUCGUGGCCGUUAACUGCUGCAUUAAAUCAACGCUCAACCCCCAACCUCUGACAGGUUUCUUGUCAACUACCAUUGACGUCAACAACAUCCCAAACUACAACUGGUGCAAGUACACCAUUGAAUCAUUGCUUCAUUCAGCUUGUUCUUGGCAAGAGGACACCACUAGAUUCUUUGCUGGUCCUCUGCCUUUUUUACAGGUCUGCUAUUUCGACCGUCUACAGAAAGAACUCCACAAGCCUCCCCGUGCAUUCCCGCUCCUCUCUGUAUGGAAGCGGGAAAUUAUCCGCAGCAGGAUUUCUUACGAGUUCCGGUCGGGACUUGGCAUGGGGACUGUUCUGCCAAGGAUCCCUGCUCCCAUGCACGGGCAGCAAGAUGAUGAACAACAACAACAACAAAACCAACAACAACAAGAUCAACAACAACAACAACAAGAUGAACAACAACAACAACAAGAUGAUCAACAACAACAGCAACGUGAUCAACAACAACACCACCAACGACACCAACAACACCAACAAGAUGAACAGCAACAGCAACAACACAGACAACAACAACAACCACACCAUGAACAGCACCAACAACCACCCACUGACCUUGAGACUUGGAAAUCAAACUUAAUGAAUGUUUGUUCCAAGUUCACGGCAAAUCUCAUUGAGUUGACGGCAUUACUCAACCAAGGCCCGCAACUCACUGGUGAUCCCAUGGUCAGCAGCUUUGCUCCAACCAUUCUUCAGGCGAUUUGCACUCGCUACGAGAAUGCCGCACAACCACCAAACCAUCCUCCUCCCCCCCCUCUCAAUGAUCAAGACAAUCCCUCCAUUAUGAGUCAAGACAGCGCUUUCUUCCUCUCAUCACAGCUUUGGGAAAUUGUGGACCAAGCUGUACAAUCACGUCUGAAGCCAAAAGAACCAGUAUGUGAUAUUGAGGCCCCAAGUUUCAACCUGGACUUGGAGUUGGGUGUCGGGAGGCCAUCAGCGCGACAAGAUCAACCAUCUUCAUCAUUUUCCCCAAUCCUAUCACUGGCUGAUAUUUUUAAAGAUCACGACGACAUACAUGUUGAUAAACUCUUCCACACCAGCAAGUCUAACACUGAUCCGCCUAUGGGGUAAUCCCUAUGUGGACUAAUUUUCCUACUGUUCACUUGACUCAUUGUCCCCGGAUUUUACUAAUUUCCUAACAUGAACUAGUUACUUUGUUCCAUGACUAUUUCCUUUGUGUGAGUGUUUUUCUAAGUAAACAUAUCCCAGUGAUUUUUAAUUUAUUUAUGAUUGAAUUUACACCAGUUCCAACGCUGAAGUAGAUGAAAUUACACAACAGCCUCACAUCCAAUCACAUGAAAGGUAUAUAAUUGUUCAUUUGAAAUUUGCUUGGAAUUGUACAUUC